AUGCAGCAGUUUGUAGGGGGUGGCAAUAUAGGAGGCGGAGGAUAUGGGGAUUCUGAAGAACCUCUUUCAGAGGUGUCUGCUUCACAACCUUGGCCUGUCUCAAUCUUCCCAAAAGUCCUGCUGAUCCUACUAAGGACUCUUGUACAGUACCUGUUAAGAAUUCCAGAGAACCCCAAGUGCCUUCUAGCACAACUGCAGAUUUCGAAUGGCUCUGGGCAGAAGACGGCGGCCACGGCGGCCGCCCCUGGUCUUAGGCCACCCCAGGUUGGGACUCUUGAGAGACUGCUGCAGCCUUCCAGGACCUCCCAAGUGCUUUUCCCACCCCUUGACUGCCUGGCUGAGUGGGGUUUUUUAAAAACCCUCCGCUGUUUUCAGCCCCAAGAGGCAGCCAGCACCAGACUUAAGGUGCUUUAUUUACUAUUGCGGUUUCCUGCUACUACGGACCAGACCGUUUUUGAGACUCUCCAGCUGACCUGCCUUCUGUGGUUGCCCACGUAUAAAGACACAGAAAAAUUGCUCCGGACUUUCCUAACGGAACGGGAGAGGACUAAAAUUCUCGCCCAUGCUAACAAACCCCAAGGACAUAAUGCGGUACCCUGGCCAUCUGAAGAUCCUAACUGGCAGUAUAAUGAUCGCAAAGACUACUCAGACUUACGUCUUGCUAGGGAGACUGUUUCCACAAAGGAAAGAAUUCUUGUUUUUUUUCGACCCAUCCUAAAAGUGAUGCUCCUGCUGGUAUUUCUCUUCUUUUAUAUCUGCUCCUUGGACAUUCUCGGCAGUGCCUUCCAGCUGAUUGGAGGAAAAAUGGCCCGAAAACUUUUCAUUGAUGAUUCAAUAUUUUUCAACCCCAUAUCCGGAACAAUGAUAAGUUUGCUGGCGACUGUUUUGGUGCAGAGUUCCAGCAUAACCACAUCCAUCAUUGUCAGCAUGGUGUCAACUUCAGUGUUGACAGUAGAGGCAGCAAUUCCCAUGAUGAUGGGAGCCAAUGUUGGGACUGCAGUCACCAAUACAUUGGUAGCUCUCAUGUAUGCCGGAGACAGGGAUGAAUUUGAAAGGACUUUUGCAGGAGCUACUAUACAUGAUUUUUUUAAUUGGUUGUCAAUGCUGGUGCUGCUGCCUUUGGAGUUGAUCACAGGCUUCUUCUACUCACUCUCUAAUACUGUAAUGAAUUCCUCUGAAUUCCAUAGUGGAAAAAAGGCCCCUGUACUCUUGAAAGCCCUCACAGGUCCUGUAACAAAACUGAUCAUCCAGCUGAAUCAAAAAGUCAUCACUGAAGAAAAUAAGAAAGCAAAAAACAAGAGUCUGAUAAAGAUUUGGUGUAAAACUUUUGAAAAUGUGACUUUAACCAACGUUACCGUUCCCUCACCAGAAAACUGUACCUCUCCCACUCUCUGCUGGACUGAAGGGUACAUGACCUGGACCCUCAUGAACAAAACGUAUGAAUAUCCUGUUGAAAAAUGCAUUCACUUAUUUGUGAACACCAGCCUCUCUGAUUCAGUCAUCGGAAUGAUUCUUCUACCCCUCGCCUUGCUCGUCUUUGGCUCAAGUUUGAUCUUGCUUAUCAGGGUCUUGAACAAUGAGCUCAAGGGACCAGUUGCUGCAAAGAUUCAGAAGACCAUCAACGCAGAUUUCCCCUUCCCGUUUACCUGGUUAACAGGCUACAUUGCCAUUUUUGCUGGAGCUCUUUUGACCUUUGUUAUACAGAGUAGUUCCGUGUUCACCAGUAUAAUCACUCCUCUGGUUGGCAUCCGUGUGAUCAGCCUUGAGAGAGCUUAUGCUUUAACCUUGGGUUCCAACAUCGGCACCACCACCACUGCCAUCGUGGCUGCAUUAGCUAGCCCUCGAAAUACUUUACAAAAGUCACUCCAGAUUGCCCUGUGCCAUUUCUUCUUCAACAUCACCGGGGCCAUUCUGUGGUACCCAAUCCCAUUCAUGCGACUGCCUAUCUAUUUUGCCAAGAAGUUAGGGAAAAUCACAGCCACCUACCGUUGGUUUGCCGUCGUCUACGUGACCUUCUCCUUUAUCAUUGGCCCAUCCCUGGUCUUUUGCCUUUCCGUUGCUAGUAGGUCUUUGUUAAUAUCUAUAGUGCUACCCCUAUUUUUUGUGCCCUUCAUAAUAGUAUAUAUGCACACCUUCAAGGUCCUUUAUGUGUUACCCUUGUGGAUGACAUCCCUGAAGCCCUGGGAUGAUCUAAUAGCUUGUAUCAUGAGCCAAUACAGGAAGUGUGGUGAAAAUUUAUCACGCCAUUGCAAAAACUCCAAGCUAAAUAGGUUUAUGGCGAGGAGGCCAAUCCCCACAGAGAUAGAUCAGGACCAGAUACCCAGAGAAACAAGAGAUAGCCUUUUUACUGCCAAGAAAUCUGAUGACACAGUGACAGAAAUACCAUCAACAAAUGACACAGUGAGAGAAAUACAAUCAACAAUUGGGCAGUUCUUAAUUAAUGCAAGUAAUGAUUAA